GCGCCUCGAGUCGCGAGCCCGCAGCCGCACUCGCGCGCCGCAGCCCGCCGUACACUCACGAUCGACCGACCGCCGCCCGCGCCCGGUGUCGUAUUACCGCUCUAAAUAUAUCUCGCGAGCGCGAUCGCCUAUUUGGAAACGUUUGCGCGCCGUGUUUUGAACCAGUGAUUGAUAGUGCCGAGUGAAGAAUCUAUCCUUAUUGACGCGAUCGUCCGUCAAAAUGGCACAGUUGAUCACUGUGCGGCUAAACAAGUCGGACCAGCAGCCGUUGGGCUUCCGGCUGCAGGGUGGCAAAGACUUCGGCACACCACUCGUUGUGCAAAAGGUUAACGGUGGGAGCGCGGCAGAGCGCGCGGGGCUGCAAGCCGGCGACGCGCUGAUCCGCGUCAACAACACCGACGUGUACGCGCUAAGACAUCAGGAAGCUCAGGACGCUAUCCGAGCUGCUGGCCAAGCACUCGAACUUACCGUACAACGCGGCGGCGGUACCUGGAGGCCAUCAGUUACUGCCACAGGCAGUCUCCCUCGCCCAGGCACUCGUCCACUCGGCGCCAGUCCAGUGCCAGUCACGAAUACAUCACUUAAGGCUACCCCACAGCCUACACGCGCUUUUGGUUCUGGACACAACAGCGUCGCUAAACCUUUCGGUUAUAUGAAUGGCAACGACUCCGUGAAGAGCAUCGUGAAUAAGCAGUACAACACUCCAGUAAACAUGUACAGCGACAAGACCAUCGCCGAGACACUCUCCGCGCAAACCGAGGUGCUGGCUGGGGGAGUGCUUGGGGUUAACUUUAAGAAAAAUGAAAAAACCUACGACGCCGAGAAGAGUGCCGUCUUCAAAGUGCUGCAGGAGGAACAAAACGAUCCGGAGCCAGUAGCCGAAGCGUCGCCGGCCGUGCGGCACGUGGCCGCGCCCGCCGCGCCGGCGCCCGGCGGCCCCGCGGGCCCCGCCGGCCCCACCGGCCCCACCGGCGGCCUGCCCGUGGGGCAGAACAUCUGCGAGGAGUGCGAGCGCCUCAUCACCGGCGUGUUCGUGCGCAUCAAGGACAAGAACAUGCACGUGGAGUGCUUCAAGUGCUCCACGUGCGGCUCGUCGCUCAAGAACCAGGGCUACUACAACAUCAACGGCAAGCUGUACUGCGACAUACACGCCAAGCUCGUCGCGCGCCAGAACCCCCCCGCCGCCAACCUGGAGCCCGUCACCGUGCCGCCCGGUGGCCGAGUUCCGAGCAACGCCUACUCGACGCCGCUGCCCCCGCUGGCGACCAGCACCUACACCAACGGCUCGUCGUCCAUGUUCAGCCCGUCCAGCACGCUGUCGGGGCCCAAGCCGUUCGGCUCGUCGGUCGGCUCCGCGUACUCGCCGGCGUCGCUGUCGCCGCGCUCGGCGCCGCUGUCCCCCGCGCGGCCCGCCGGGCCCCCCGCCGGGCCCCCCGCCGGCGCCCCCGGAGCGCCCUACGCCCCCAAGGCCCCAGUUUCCAUUUUUAAAGCUAAAAACGUAAAAAGCAUUGUGUGGCCCCCAUCAAAUCACGCAGAUGACGAAACCGAGAAAGAGAUAAAUCCUAAUUUUGUUCAUAACACACCUUACAGCGAUUCAUCUGCCUCCGCUAGAGAAUCAUUAAUGAUGACAACAAAUAGCAAUAUUAACUUCUCAAACCAAAUGAGGUCAUUCGAGGAAAGUGUAUCCUCAGCCAAACAAACUCCAGGACUCCCUUCAGACACUACCUUUGGAUCGGCUUUGAUGUCUACUUCGCAAGCCACUUCUAAAUCAGAGUUUUCAGUGCAAAGUCAAAAAUCACAAAUGAUACAAGAGAUUGCAAGUUGUAGUGUUCAAUCGUUUUCCGAAAAAGCCACAUCUGAAAAACAGAACUUUGCGAUGUACCAAACGCAAGCAGCCUCUGACCAAAUUGACAGUAACAAGCAAAUUACGAAGAAGGAUAUCGAAAAAUUAAUUGAGUCCCAAGAAAAUCAAUUCCUUCCUUUACAGAGUGAAUAUAAUACAUCUAAUGCACAAAAAAUGUCACAGGAAUUCGCGAUGAAACAAGAACAAAUCAAUAAGGGCUAUGAAAUAAAAUCAUUAAAUGUUAAACAAGACGAUAAAAUCGCAGAAGCAAACAUACAACAACAGACAUCCGUUUUCAAUAAUUAUAAUCACCCACCAGUUUUUAUUUCCACUGAAACAGAAAACAAAGAAAGCGGCAUUACAGCCAAAACCAGCAAUAUGAAACAGAACCAAAACGCUCCCUUUUUAAAAAAAUGUAACCCAUCUGAAAAUAAACAAAAUCUGUCUGCGCCUCAUACUUAUAAUCCAACUAAUCCAAAAGUUCAAUCCAAAACACCGUCCAAAGAAAACCCUAAAAUGGCAGGUACUACAAAAGUAACAAAUAAACCUACGAUUGAAAGGGGAUCAUUGAUAGAAGCUCUUACAAUAGCUCCGGAGAGACCAUAUAGCCCUUUAUCUUUUCAUAUACCGAAUCCGAAUUACGCCUCAACUUCUUUUGAUCAAAAUCAAAUGCAAAAUUCUGAACUUUUACAACCAAUGCCAAACCAGAACACUGAUAACUCGACCUAUCACUCUGAUCCAAAUCAAUUUGGCCAAGCAAAUAUGCAAGCUAAUAUGUUCCAAACAUCUUCUGAAGCAUCCGCUUUUAAACCAGUAAGCAGACAAACGCUUCCACCGCAACAACCUCAAGAGUUUUGUGGAGUGCCUAAUUAUCCUAAUCAAAAUAAAGACUUUGUUUUGCAACAACAAUCUAAUACCAAUUUUUCGGAAAACUUUUCUACUAGUAUUUCCGGCGCACACCAAGGCUUUUCACCAAUAACUACUGCUGAAUGCUAUAGUACACAGCCGAAUUCGCAGAAUACAAUGGUUUCUCCUAUAUUACAAAAAUCAGGUUUACAUAGACCGGAUAGUAUUCCUCCUUAUCAACAAAAUCUAGAAAGUUCACACCCUCAGAUAAUAUCAGACUCACACAAAGCUCAGCCAACAAAUCUUGGCAGUGGACAACGAGAGAUCCCUCUACUGCAGAAAUCUGAAAUACCUCAGAUUAGAACACCGGUGCCACAACCUCAAACUAAGUUUAAAACCGAAACCUCUAUGUCAUUUCAGCCUGUUCACGAUGAAGCACAAAAUAUGUCAAGAUAUUCACCAACCAAUAGUCGUCCAAGCACACCUAGUAUGAUUAAUAAGCCUGCGCCAAUAAUACCUCAUUAUCAAAUGAAUUUAGUUACCGUAGAGCAUGUUGCUCCCGAAGGUCGAAUGUAUAAACCUGGUAGUGGAGAAGUUAGCCGUUCUUCAACACCUAAAUUGAGAAGCCGUUCACCAGCUCCUACGCUCCCAGCAGCUUCUAAUUCCUUAAAAGCACAAGCUCCUCGAAUAAAAGACUCAACACAAAGAUAUAACGUUAAACAAUGCCAGCCUUCUGUACCACCAAGUUCAUCAUUUAAAAAAGAAUAUGAUACAAGCUUUCAAGAUAAUAAUGUAAAAAAAUGGCUCCAAAAUCAACCAGCGCUUGUAAAGGAAGAACAACAAUCUAAUUUAGAAUACCAAACUGAAUCAUAUAACAGAGGUAAUAUUAAAGAAGAUUCUAUGAUAAACCAAAAUUAUGGUCAGAGGCAAAUGGAAUCACAAAAUAAAUUUGAAUACGGUAGUACUACUGUUGAAUCUAUGAAAAAAACUUUUGAACAAUUUGAAAGCGCGCAAUCCGCAAAAACAAUAGAAAUAAGACAAGGCGCAGUACAACCUUCUAAUACAUAUCAACAAAACAAACCUACAAUUCAACCAUCCAAUUAUAACUUAAAACAGGUCUUUCCUCCUCCCAUCAAGGAAACCAUGUCACCCCAGCAAAAUUUAUCUUUUAAUACUACUAACCAAAAUGUUGCCACCUUUAGUAAUCAAACUGAAGUUUAUCAACCGACUCCUUAUAUAUCUGGUGCUAACCAAGGUCCAGUGUGUGAUCCUACCCCGUCGACAGGUUCCAGUGUAGGAGCUGCCGCUCGUGGCAAAGCUUUUGGUGUAUCAUCAGCCCCAAAAAGGGGGCGAGGAGUAUUAAACAAAGCUGCUCUACCUGGGUCUCGUGUUCCUCUUUGUGGCUCGUGCAAUGGAAAUAUUAGGGGUCCAUUCAUCACUGCUCUGGGUCGCAUAUGGUGCCCCGAACACUUCAUCUGCGUUAACGCCACCUGCCGACGUCAGUUGCAAGACAUUGGCUUUGUGGAAGAAAAUGGCCAGCUUUAUUGCGAGUAUUGUUUCGAACAAUACAUCGCUCCGGCUUGCGACAAAUGCCAUGCUAAGAUUAAAGGAGAUUGCUUAAACGCGAUCGGCAAACACUUCCACCCAGAGUGCUUCAGCUGCGUCUAUUGUCAAAAACUCUUUGGAAACAAUCCGUUCUUUUUAGAAGAUGGAUUACCUUACUGCGAAGCAGACUGGAACGAGCUCUUUACGACGAAAUGUUUCGCCUGCGGGUUCCCCGUGGAGGCGGGCGACAGGUGUGCAAAAAGAAUCUCGAAGGACAGAGCUUCUUCGCCAAGGGAGGACGACCUUUCUGCAAGAUGCACGCCCGCUAGAUAUCCUCAGACACUUAUGUACAAUUCUGACACUGUUUACUCCACGAUCACGUUUCGUCCCGUUUCAAUAUCUCCAUCCAUCAUCACGACAGACUCGUCGUCGCCGCAACGCACGAGGAAGUUAGAAACGCCCCUCCACUUCGAGGGAGGGCCGUUUUCUGACGCGAGGAGCGCCGACGGCAAGUUGGAGGGAGGGCUGUUUUCCGACAUAAGGAGCGCAGACGGCAAGCUGUUAAGUAAGGUGACCGUGGACCGCGUCCACAGCUCCGCCCGCCGCGACGUCACCGACGUGGGCCGCGACGUCACCGACGUGGGCCACCUCGUCAGGACGGAGACCAUCACAAACGAGGAUGUCAUUAAAGUCAAAUUCACCCCGAUACUUCAGGACUUGGAUUCUUUCCCAUCGUGGUCCUCGGCGCGAAUAUCGAAAUCCUCCAGCCCGAUCAAAUACUUAAGCGACGACUACGAGGACUUGAAUAGUUACAAAAUUGUUAACUCGUUGUGUAAAGAAAACCUUCUAAAGGUGAAAGCUUCCGAAGAUGCGGCAAGGAGUUCGGUGACGAGAGGACACAGUCCUUUGGCGAAUUUGAUCGUAUCUGAGCAAUUGACUAAAAUAGAUGGAUACUUGCAGGAGAGUUUGGACAUUUGUUCUAAGACAACACUCGAUCGUGAUAAACCGAUGCAUUUCAAAUCUGAGGAAGUUCAACCGGGAACUAAAGAUACUCCAGAUGUCGAUGACUAUAUUAGCAACGGCGAAAUUGGCAAAAAGGUUUGGGUUGAUAAUGAUCAGAAAAAUGGUAUUGAUUUAAUUGAAAAAAUGGGUGGAGACUCUGAUCUUGCAGAAACGAAAUUAAACAGUGUCAAAAUAAAACAUUCGGGGGUAUUUAACACGAUAUACAAUAUGCCAAUGCAUUAUCACGCAGCAAUGCUGUGUUUCGUUUUAAUUGUAUAUAACCUAUGCUAUCAAUAUAUUAAGCAAAAUUACCAUGGAAAGAAUCAAUACGUGAAGUAGACAAAAUAAGGAAAAUUAUUGCUCUAAUGAAAUGAAAUUGUAUUAUAUAAACUAGUCAACAAAUUAAUUUCGAAGAUAAUCUGUUUCAACUCAUCAGUGAAACGUGUUUUAUGUCCGUUAUCAGAAUGUAAAUAAAUAAAACAUAACAAAGCCUCUUUUUUGAAGGUAGUUUUUAAAUAUUAACAAUUUGGUGCUUUUCAAAUAAUUUUCAAUAAAAUGCUCGCAACUAUGUGAUACUUCACUUCUCUAAAUAUAAUAUUUAGGGCUUUGUACACAGCUUCCGGAAUGUUUUAGUAAACUAUCACUAACAUUAACAAUAGUCAUCUUUAUUAUUAUCGUUUCAAUUUAACCGCGUUAACGAAAAAUAUAAUAAUAUGAUGGAAAGAUAAAGUAUGUUAAGAUAUAUAAUAUAUUUUUCUUUUCUGUUCAUACAACAGAAUGCACUAAUGGAACCAUAAAAAUGUUGCAAACGAACGUAAUUCUAGUAGUUUUAUUUAUUUAGAAAUGAAUAUUUGCAAUUUUUGUAAUCCCUUAAAGUAAUUAUGUGAGCUUAAAUAAAGUAUUUUAUCUUA